AUGUCUCAACUGGACGUUGAGCAUGCUGUCGAGCAAAUAGUUGGUAAUACUGAUGAUGAUGAUGAUGAUGAUGAUGAUGAUGAUGAGAUGCAAUGGAAUGGAAUGAGAGGUUUCACAAGGGAAAGAAUCCCGACAAAACCUGACGGUUAUUUUCAAGGGGGGCUUCCUUGGAAAGAGACCCUGUGGUCCCACUUGGACCUGCCCGGCUGGCCGCUCCGCGACAAGCGGCGAGCGGUAGCUGCUGAGCAGUGGGCGAGUAAGCUGUUCUCUCGGCCGGCAGCUACCGGAACACGAAAGAGGCGGGCUACGCCUUCACGGGGCCUUGUUUAGAUGGCCUCGCUUACGCACGAGAGGCCGCUGCGCAAUCUCUCUGGAGCAUGUCAGCGAGGGGAGACAAAACCAACACCGGUAGCAGCUAGCCUGAAGGGAACAGAUGGAUCAACUAUAUGUGAUUGGGAGGUUACACAUUCAUCCCGGCAAGGUGCCAUUUCCUGGAUUUAUUUAACAAGGAUAAACUUCGGGCAAGACCGUGAGUUUGCAUGGCAAGAA